AUGUUGGGCUUUCCAGAGAAUUUGAAAUCCAUUCUUAUUUUGGGCACAAGCGUGGGAGCGCUCAACUCUACAGUCUUCACAAGUGACAACCUGAGAUCUGUGACUAAUCUAAGCCUGAGUUCGACUAAAACGUCUGACAUCUUGCCAGGAGCUCUGAGCAAAUUCCAGAACCUUACGGAUCUAGAGCUGAGUGACAACUCUUUGACAUCUGUGACCUCUGCCUGGCUAAGCCAACCCCAGGUGCUGAAGCAGUUAGUUCUAUCUCGCAACUCCAUCCGUUCCAUAAACACACCUGACCUGGCCAAUUUCUCCAGCCUGGCGCAUCUCAACAUGAAAGGAAAUGAGAUCCACAGCAUCGACUUGGGGAGCUUCAGCAGCAUGGGUCUGUCUUUAGAAAUGCUGGAUUUGUCUGGCAAUUCUCUGACUCAUGUGAAGGCAGAACUGUUUGAGCCACUGAAAAAAGCAAAAAUACACCUGUACGGGAACCCUUUCAACUGCACCUGUGGAAGCAGAGCCUUUGAGAACUCCGUUAUCACCCUGGAAGAGUUGCGCAAUGCAUCUCGCCUUGAGAAUGAGAGGGCUGUGACAUGCAAUACUCCAGCUUCCUUAAAAGGGACGCCUGUGUUGAGUGUGACCUGUCCUUCCCCCUCUCCUACCACCACUGGGGUACCUGUGCCUGACACUACUCUCACCUCUCUCACCAUCACUGCGGUGUCCGUAACUAAAGGGACUGGGCAAUCCCCCACACACGUGGGUGGACCAUCCACAGACCAUGUUCUCAGCCUUGAAGCUCUUGUUUCUUUGAUUGUGCUUUUGUGCAUCCUGGCAUUUAUCAUCGGUGUGCUGUCAUUUCUCUACCAUCGAAAACGGAAACGGAAACGCGUUGCACCACAUGGACGAGCAAAAUGUGCAGCCUCACAGCCCUCACACCAGACCCAUUUUGCACAGAAGAAGGACUCUGACCUGGAGACCAUCAUCUGUGCCUCAGGCCAACACAAAUCCAGAGCCAGGUCGGCAGGUCCUGUGAUGUGCAGGGCAGAGGUUUUCACCAAGGCACAAACCACACCAGCGGACGAUGAAGCCUGGAAGGGAGCUCUUCAGAAGGCCUCGGACGGAACCAGCCUGGAAGAUGGAGAGCGGCGGGCAGCGAUCAUCAGGCUGAAUGGAACUGAACAAGAACAAACAGAUGAGCACGGCCCCAGAGUUCCACAAGGUGGCGGCGAAAGACAGCUUGAUUUUGGAGAAAGCACAACAGAUGACUUGCCUUAUCUCUCCAUUGGAGCUCUGCCAUCCCCAGAAGGUGGUGGUGACCUCAGCGGCAAUGACAAAACAGGUAAAGCUCCCCACGCUGACACAGCGCAGAGAAAAAUUCCCAGUGUGAAAACUUGGCCGCCUGCAGCGUUUCUGUGGGCGAGAGAGAAGGCAAGAGAAGAGGAUGUUGUUGAUGUGGCUUAUUUCCAGAACCUUCAGUAUGAGUUGAGGCUUGCAAAGCAAACGGCUCCUGAUGUAAACCUGAACUUGCAGUCAGACCUUUCACCACCAGGUGGCAGUCAAAGCCCGGUCCUCGACUCCCUCACAGUGCAGAUGCUACUGGACACAGCUGACUCAGACAGAGCAGGACAAGGUGAGGAAACUUCUGUUGAUGUUGAGCAUGAUGAGGCCGAUCCAUCUAGCCUUCAUAAAGACAAACUGACAGGUGAUGGCAGCCUACCAGAUGAUGAUGCUGGUCCUUUAGGCUUAGAUCAAGAAACAUGGGAGCAUGAUGGCACCCUGUCAGAUAUCGGUCAUCAAGUGAUAGAUUUAGAACCUGAGGCCGAGCAUGAUCUGUCCCUAGAGAGCUCACAGAGAUUUCAAAGUCACGUUGGUGACGGUGACAGUUAUGAGAGACUGGCAAUGGCCCUACAGAACACACUGAGUAUUGAGACAGACGAGGGCACAGGCAGCUAUGACAGAGUGGCAAUGGGCCUGAAGAGCACAGUAGGGUUUCAGACUAGUACAGGUUUUAACAGUGAUGAAAGACAGGAGAUUGGCAUUCAAACAGAUAUGAUGGAUACUGAUCAAUCCGUUUGGAACAUGCUAAGCCUUGAUGAAGCCAACACAGGUAUGAUUGAAGAUGUCAAUGACUCUGGGAUUGAGGGUAUGACUUUAGGUGUCACUUUAGGCACAGAGAUUGCCGGUAUGGCUGAAGGGGUCAAUGAUACAGGGGUGGAAGAUAUGGGUGAAGGUGUCAAUGGCACAGGAAUAGAGGCUAUGACUGAAUGUGUCACUGACACAGGGAUUGAAGAUAUUGCUGAAGGCAUUGACUACACAAAGCUUGAAAUGGACAGCAAAGCAGGGAAAGCAGAGCAGGAGACAUCCAUGUCCUCAGAGGAGGAGGUGGCAGCCACGAAAAAAGGGAAAGGAGUUGGAAGGAGCCAAUCAAAACGUGCAUCCAGGGUAUCCCAUGCAGCCAGUCAACAAGAAGAGGGCUCACAGAGGGGUUCCAAGAGCAGAGGCACGACAGAGAUCCCUCCUGCUGGUCCUAAAGCGCGCUCCCCUGAGGACGAAGACCUGCUGCAGAAUAACGAGUACGUCUUCAUCAACCUGCUGCACGAGGUGGCGGAGAACAGAGGACGCUGGACCAGAGAACGCUGGAGGCAGAGCCACCUGAACCGACGCAAACUGGAACUAGAGCGAAUUGAAUGGGAGGGCAGUAGUGAGGAGGCGGAGUAG